CUGAGAUAACCUCGUUAUAUUAUAUAAAUGACAAUUAUUGAGGGAGUAAACACUUUUGAUUUUUGGUGAAAUAGUGAAGUGCUAUGAAAGUUGUAAUUUGCCUAAUACUAAUAGGCGUUGCUAGUAGCCACCCCCAUGGUGGUGGCUAUGGAGCGAGUAGACAGCACAGCAGCUAUACCAAAACCACUAAAAUUCAAGAAAACUCUGUAUCUGGUGGUCACUCAGGAGAGCACAGCGAAGAAGGUCAUCAUGGUCAAGGAUCUCCUUCUAAAUACGUUUUAAAAAAUGUCGUUGAAGAUCCAAAUUAUGGCAAAGGACAAGCCACAAAUGGUCAUGGUCAAUCGGAGACUAAUGUAAAGUCCGAAAGCAGCUACACCAAAACCACUAGAUUCCAGGAAAAAUCUGCAUCUGGUGGUCACUCAGGAGAAGACAGAGGAGAAGAUCAUCAAGGUCGAGGAGGUCCUUCUAAAUACGUUUUGAAGACUGUUGUUGAAGAUUCUAAUUAUGGCAAAGGAGUCAAAAAUGGUCAUGGUCAUGGUCAAUCUGAAUCUAGUGUACAGUCUGAAGUCAACGAAUUGGAAGGCCAUCGUCGUGGUCAUGGAGAAGCUGGCUAUUCAACUGUGAAAAAAACUGUCACAACCUAUAGUCACGGUGAUCAAUCGGGAGAACAUUCAGAAGAAACUGGUUCAAAGUCUGGACAUAGCAAGGUUAAAACAGUAGUUUCCAGCUCUAGUCAAGGUCGUGGUAAUUCUUAUGGUCAUGGUGAUGGUCAGAGUAAAUCACAAGUAGACUUGGAACAUACCAAUAACAGGGGCCACUCAAAUUCUGGAUACCAGAAGGUUAAAACAGUUGUUUCCAGCCACAGUCAUGGUCAUGAUAAUGCUGUUGAUCGUUCAGGAGAAGAAUCAGAAGAAGUUAGUUCAAGUAGUCACUCAAAUUCUGGAUAUAAGAAAGUUAAAACCGUAGUUUCAACCUCUAGCCAUGGUCAUGGUAACGCUUACGGUCAUGGUAAUAAAGACGAUAGUUCAGAACGUAAUGGCAAUAGGGAUCACUCAAGUUCUGAAUCUCAGAUGGUUGAAACAGUAGUUUCCAGCCACAGUCAUGGUCAUGACAAUGCUGUUAAUCGUUCAGGAGAAGCAUUAGAAGAAGUUAGUUCAAGUGCUCACUCAAAUUCUGGAUAUAAGAAAGUUACAACAGUAGUUUCUACCUCUAGCCAUGGUCACGGUAACGCUUACGGUCAUGGUAAUAAAGACGAUAGUUCAGAAGUAGAUUCAGAACGUACUGGUAACAGGGGCCACUCAGAUUCUGGAUAUAGGAAGACUGAAACAGUUAUUUCCAGCUACGGUCAUGAUCAUGGUCAUCGUCAUCAUUCAGAGGAAGAGUCAGAAGAAACUGGUUUAAGUGGUCACUCAAAUUCUGGAUACAAAAAAAUUAAAAAAGUGGUUUCUACCUCUAGCCAUGGUCAUGGUAAUAAACACGAUAGUUCAGAAGUAGAAUCAGAACAUACUGAUAACAGAGGCCACUCAGAUUCUGGAUAUCGGAAGGUUAAAACAGUUGUUUCCAGCUACGGUCAUGGUCAUGGUCAUCAUUCAGGGGAAGAAUCAGAAGAAACGGAAGUUACCAGCUAUGGGCAUGGUCAUGGUAAUGGACACAUCCACUCAGAUGUAGAACACGGUCAUUAUAGUGGUCACUCAGAUUCUGAAUUUAGGGAGGUAGAAAGAAUAGUUUCUAGUCACGGUCAUCAUCAUGACCAUGAUCACGGUCAUCAUCAUGACCAUGAUCACGGUCACGAUCAUCACCAUGGUCAUCAUGAUAAUCACUUACACUCCGAAUUUAGAGAGGUAGAAACCAGCUAUGGUCAUGGUCAUUUUAAUCCUCACGGACAUGGUCAUUCAGAUUCUGGGUAUAGGGAAGUUAAAACAGUAGUAUCCAGCCACGGCCAUGGUCAUAGAAAGGGUCAUGGUAGUUCAGAAGAAGAUUUGGAGACUAUCGAUAGCAACGAACGCUCAAAUUCUGGUGUUAGGAGAGUUGAAACCGUAGUGUCCAGUUAUGGUCACAACAAUGGCCAUGGACGUGGACUGGGCCAUUCUAAACAUUCCCAAUCAGGACAUCGCAAAGAAAAAACAACAGUUACUACUUAUGGUGAAAGUGGAUCAUCUUCGAGUUUAGAAAAUCUAGAUGUGGAAAAUGGGCUUGAUCGUACCGAUACAAAUAAUGAAUCAUUAUAUGGAGGUGGAUCUAAAAUUAUUAAAACCUCGGUUAUUAAAAAAACUACUAAGCAUAAGAGUGGUCAUAAUUCAGAUGAAGAAGAAGAAAACGGUUCAAACGAGUAUAUUACUGAAGAGUCUAAUAAUGAAAAUCGUGAUGUCAGUGUAUCAGGUGGAUCGAAAACUACCAAAACAACAAUCACAAAAACUGUACAUACUAGUGGACAAUCUGCAGAUAAAAACGAAAAUGAAGGUGCUUCAAGAGUAAUAACUACACAAAAAAACAAUAAACAUGUGGACAGUGGCAACACAGAUGAAUUUGUCCACGAAGAUAAGACAACUAGUGGAUCUAAAAUUACUAAGACAACCAUAACUAAAACAAGUUCUCAUUCUAGUGGUAGUUCUUUAGAAAAAGAUUCCGAUAUACUUCAUAAAGGUAGUCUUGAUAUUACUAAAACGGUUUCCAAAGACAAAGACCAAGACACAGUAAGCAAAACCACAGGAUCUAAUAUUGUAAAAACCACAAUAACAAAAACUUCUCACUCAACCGAUCAAGUAAAAGAACCUUCGAAAUCAGUUAAAAAAACAGAGGUUCACGAAGAAGAUGAUAUGAACUCGAAGGAAAAUAAUGGAUCAAAAGUCACAAAAACUAGUCAAUCAGGUGGAACCAAAACUAUUACAACUAAAAUCACGAAAACUAGCUCAAGCAGUCAUUCCGACGAAAAUUCUUCGGAUUUGGGAGGCGCAGCAACAGGUAUAAAAACAACAAUCACACAAACUGUACAUACUAGUGGACAAUCUACAGGUAAAAACGAAAAUGAUGGUGCUUCAAAAGUAAUAACUACACAACAAAUUAAUAAUCAUCUAGACAGUGGCAAUACGGAUGAACUUUUCCACGAAGAUAAGGACUUUAAGACAAUAAGUGGAUCCAAAAUUAUUAAAACAACCAUCACUAAAACAAGUUCUCAUUCUAGUGGUAGCUCUUUAAGUGAAGAUUCCGAUCUACUUCAUAAAGGUAGCCUUGAUAUUACUAAAACCACAGGAUCUAAUAUUGUAAAAACCACAAUAACAAAAACUUCUCACUCAACUGAUCAACUUAAAGAACCUUCGGAGUCAGUUAAAAAAACAGAGGUUCACGAAGAAGAUGACAUGAACUUAAAUGAAAAUAGUGGAUCAAAAGUCACAAAAACUAGUCACUCAGGUGAAACCAAAACCAUAACAACUACAGUCACAAAAACUAGCUCAAGCAGUCAUUCUGAUGAAAAUUCUUUAGACUUGGGAGGUUAUGGAGGUAUCACCAAGGUUGUUAAAACCGAAAAUUUUGAUGUACCAGCAGUAAGUACCAGCAGUGGACCGAGGAUCACCACAACAACAGUUACUAAAUCAACUUCUUCUCAUUCUUUCGGUGAAGGUAAAGAUCUUGUCGACCAACAUAUUGACAAGCCAGUAGAAGUUAUCAAAGUCACCACUUCUGAACAAGCCACUAAAGAUCACGAUACUGAUGUAACAAAUGAGAAUAGUGGAUCUACAGUUACCAAAACUACUGAAUCAGGUGGAAUCAAAACCAUUACAACCACAAUCACAAGCCAUCAUUCCGAUGAAAAUUCUUCAGAUUUGGGUGGUUAUGGAGGUGUAACCAAGGUUGUCAAAACGGAGAAUUUUGAUGUACCAGCAGUAACUACCAGCAGUGGAUCGAGAGUUAUCACAAAAACAGUUACUAAAACAUCUUCUUCUAACUCUUUCGGUGAAGGUAACGAUUUUGGAGAUAUAUCAAAAAUAGUUAAAACAGUGACUUCUGACCAUCCAUUGGAAAGUAGCAAUAGUGGGUCUACAGUCACCAAAACAUUGGUAACCAAGACAAGUUCUUCUCAUUCCUAUGGUAAAGACAAUUAUCCUGUAGAACCAGUUGUUGAAAGUAAUUCGAAAAUAGUUACAACAGAACAUAUUGACAAGCCAGUAGAAAUUAUCAAAGUCACAAGUUCUGGACAACCAGUCACUAAAGAUAAAACUAUUGAUGUAACAAAUGAAAAUGGCGGAUCUACCGUUACUAAAACUACUGAAUCAGGUGGAAUUAAAACCAUAACAACUACAAUCACAAAAACUAGCUCAAGUAAUCAUUCCGAUGAAAAUUCUUCAAAUUUAGGUGGUUAUGGAGGUGUAACCAAGGUUGUCAAAACUGAGACUUCUGAUGUACCAGAAUUAAGUACCAGUGAUGGAUCUAGAGUUAUCACAACAACAGUUACUAAAUCAACUUCUUCUAAUUCCUUCGAUGAAGGUCUUGUUGACCAACCUAUUGACAAGCCAGUAGAAAUUAUCAAAGUCACCAAUUCUGGACAACCAGUUACUAAAGAUCAAACUAUCGAUGUAACAAAGAAUGAAAAUGGUGGAACUACAGUUACUAAGACUACUGAAUCAGGUGGAAUUAAAACCAUAACAACUACAAUCACAAAAACUAGCUCAAGUAAUCAUUCCGAUGAAAAUUCUUCGGAUUUGGAAGGUUACGGAGGUAUAACCAAGGUUGUCAAAACUGAGACUUUUGAUGUACCAGAAGUAAGUACCAGUGGUGGAUCUAGAGUUAUCACAACAACAGUUACUAAAUCAACUUCAUCUAACUCUUUCGGUGAAGGUCUCGUUGACCAACAUAUUGAUAAGCCAGUAGAAAUUAUCAAAGUCACUAGUUCUGGACAACCUGUCACCAAAGAUGAAACUACUGGUGUAACAAAUGAAAAUGGUGCAACCACAGUUACUAAGAAUACUGAAUCAGGUGGAAUUAAAACCAUAACAACUACAGUUACUAAAUCAAUUUCUUCUAACUCCUUCGGUGAAGGACUUGUUGACCAACAUAUUGACAAGCCAGUAGAAAGUAUCAAAGUCACUAGUUCUGGACAACCUGUCACUAAAGAUCAAACUAUUGAUGUAACAAAUGAAAAUGGCGGAUCUACCGUUACUAAAACUACUGAAUCAGGUGGAAUUAAAACCAUAACAACCACAAUCACAAAAACUAGCUCAAGUAAUCAUUCCGAUGAAAAUUCUUCAAAUUUAGGUGGUUAUGGAGUUACAACCAAGGUUGUUAAAACUGAGAAUAUUGAUGUACCACCAGUAACUACCAGUAGUGGAUCGAGAGUAAUCACGACAACAGUUACUAAAACCGCUUCAUCUAACUCUUUUGGUGAAGGUAACGAUUUUGGAGAUAUAUCAAAAAUAGUUAAAACAGUGACUUCUGACAAUCCACUGGAAAGUAGCAAUAGUGGUUCUACAGUGACUAAAACAGUUGUCACUAAGACAAAUUCUUCUCAUUCAUACGGCGAAGACAAUUAUCCUGUCGAACCAGUUGUUGAAGGUAAUUCGAAAAUAGUUACAACAGAACAUUUUGACAAGCCAGUAGAAAUUAUUAAAAUCACCAGUUCUGGACAACCUGUCACUAAAGAUGAAACUAUUGGUGAAACAAAUGAAAAUGGUAAGACUACCGUUACUAAAACUACUGAAUCAGGUGGAAAUAAAACCAUAACAACUACAAUAAAAGAAAAUAGCUCAAGUAAUAAUUCCGAUGAAAAUUCUUCGGCUUUACGUGGUUAUAGACUUAUAACCAAGGUUGUUAAAAUUGAGGAUCUUGAUAUACCAGCAGUAAGGAUCAGCAGUGGAUCGAGAGUUAUCACAACAACAGCUACUAAAACCUCUUCAUCUAACUCUUCUGGUGAAGGUAAUGAUUUUGGAGAUAUAUCAAAAAUAGUUAAAACAGUGACUUCUGACCAUCCACUGGAAAGUACCAAUAGUGGUUCUACAGUGACUAAAACAGUUGUCACUAAGACAAAUUCUUCUCAUUCAUACGGCGAAGACAAUUAUCCUGUCGAACCAGUUGUUGAAGGUAAUUCGAAAAUAGUUACAACAGAACAUUUUGACAAGCCAGUAGAAAUUAUCAAAGUCACCAGUUCUGGACAACCUGUCACUAAAGAUGAAACUAUUGGUGAAACAAAUGAAAAUGGUAAGACUACCGUUACUAAAACUACUGAAUCAGGUGGAAUUAAAACCAUAACAACUACAAUCACAAAAACUAGCUCAAGUAAUCAUUCCGAUCAAAAUUCUUCAGAUAUAGGUGGUUAUGGAGGUGUAACCAAGGUUGUCAAAACUGAGACUUCUGAUGUACCAGAAUUAAGUAACAGUGGUGGAUCAAGGGUCAUCACAACAACAGUUACUAAAUCAACUUCUUCUAAUUCCUUCGGUGAAGGUCUUGUUGACCAACAUAUUGACAAGCCAGUAGAAAUUAUCAAAGUCACCAAUUCUGAACAACCAGUUACUAAAGAUCAAACUAUCGAUGUAACAAAGAAUGAAAAUGGUGGAACUACAGUUACUAAGACUACUGAAUCAGGUGGAAUUAAAAUCAUAACAACUACAAUCACAAAAACUAGCUCAAGUAAUCAUUCCGAUGAAAAUUCUUCGGAUUUGGAUGGUUACGGAGGUAUAACCAAGGUUGUCAAAACUGAGACUUUUGAUGUACCAGAAGUAAGUACCAGUGGUGGAUCUAGAGUUAUCACAACAACAGUUACUAAAUCAACUUCAUCUAACUCUUUCGGUGAAGGUCUCGUUGACCAACAUAUUGACAAGCCAGUAGAAAUUAUCAAAGUCACUAGUUCUGGACAACCUGUCACCAAAGAUGAAACUAUUGAUGUAACAAAUGAAAAUGGUGCAACCACAGUUACAAAGAAUACUGAAUCAGGUGGAAUUAAAACCAUAACAACUACAGUUACUAAAUCAAUUUCUUCUAACUCCUUCGGUGAAGGACUUGUUGACCAACAUAUUGACAAGCCAGUAGAAAGUAUCAAAGUCACUAGUUCUGGACAACCUGUCACUAAAGAUGAAACUAUUGGUGUAACCAAUGAAAAUGGUGGAACUACAGUUACUAAGACUACUGAAUCAGGUGGAAUUCAAACAAUUACAACUACAUACACAAAAACUAGCUCAAGUAAUCAUUCCGAUGAAAAUUCUUCAGAUUUGGGAAGUUUUGGAGGUGUAACCAAGGUUGUCAAAACUGAGACUUUUGAUGUGCCAGCAUUAAGUACCAGCAGUGGAUCGAGAGUUAUCACAACAACAGUUACUAAAUCAACUUCAUCUAACUCUUUCGGUGAAGGUCUCGUUGACCAACAUAUUGACAAGCCAGUAGAAAUUAUCAAAGUCACCAAUUCUGGACAACCAGUUACUAAAGAUCAAACUAUCGAUGUAACAAAGAAUGAAAAUGGUGGAACUACAGUUACUAAGACUACUGAAUCAGGUGGAAUUAAAACCAUAACAACUACAAUCACAAAAACUAGCUCAAGUAAUCAUUCCGAUGAAAAUUCUUCGGAUUUGGAAGGUUACGGAGGUAUAACCAAGGUUGUCAAAACUGAGACUUUUGAUGUACCAGAAGUAAGUACCAGUGAUGGAUCUAGAGUUAUCACAACAACAGUUACUAAAUCAACUUCAUCUAACUCUUUCGGUGAAGGUCUCGUUGACCAACAUACUGACAAGCCAGUAGAAAUUAUCGAAGUCACCAAUUCUGGACAACCAGUUACUAAAGAUCAAACUAUCGAUGUAACAAAGAAUGAAAAUGGUGGAACUACAGUUACUAAGACUACUGAAUCAGGUGGAAUUAAAACCAUAACAACUACAAUCACAAAAACUAGCUCAAGUAAUCAUUCCGAUGAAAAUUCUUCGGAUUUGGAAGGUUACGGAGGUAUAACCAAGGUUGUCAAAACUGAGACUUUUGAUGUACCAGAAGUAAGUACCAGUGAUGGAUCUAGAGUUAUCACAACAACAGUUACUAAAUCAACUUCAUCUAACUCUUUCGGUGAAGGUCUCGUUGACCAACAUAUUGACAAGCCAGUAGAAAUUAUCAAAGUCACUAGUUCUGGACAACCUGUCACCAAAGAUGAAACUAUUGGUGUAACAAAUGAAAAUGGUGCAACCACAGUUACUAAGAAUACUGAAUCAGGUGGAAUUAAAACCAUAACAACUACAGUUACUAAAUCAAUUUCUUCUAACUCCGGUGAAGGACUUGUUGACCAACAUAUUGACAAGCCAGUAGAAAGUAUCAAAGUCACUAGUUCUGGACAACCUGUCACUAAAGAUGAAACUAUUGGUGUAACCAAUGAAAAUGGUGGAACUACAGUUACUAAGACUACUGAAUCAGGUGGAAUUAAAACAAUUACAACUACAUACACAAAAACUAGCUCAAGUAAUCAUUCCGAUGAAAAUUCUUCAGAUUUGGGAAGUUUUGGAGGUGUAACCAAGGUUGUCAAAACUGAGACUUUUGAUGUGCCAGCAGUAAGUACCAGCAGUGGAUCGAGAGUUAUCACAACAACAGUUACUAAAUCAACUUCAUCUAACUCUUUCGGUGAAGGUCUCGUUGACCAACAUACUGACAAGCCAGUAGAAAUUAUCGAAGUCACCAAUUCUGGACAACCAGUUACUAAAGAUCAAACUAUCGAUGUAACAAAGAAUGAAAAUGGUGGAACUACAGUUACUAAGACUACUGAAUCAGGUGGAAUUAAAACCAUAACAACUACAAUCACAAAAACUAGCUCAAGUAAUCAUUCCGAUGAAAAUUAUUCGGAUUUGGAAGGUUACGGAGGUAUAACCAAGGUUGUCAAAACUGAGACUUUUGAUGUACCAGAAGUAAGUACCAGUGAUGGAUCUAGAGUUAUCACAACAACAGUUACUAAAUCAACUUCAUCUAACUCUUUCGGUGAAGGUCUCGUUGACCAACAUAUUGACAAGCCAGUAGAAAUUAUCAAAGUCACUAGUUCUGGACAACCUGUCACCAAAGAUGAAACUAUUGGUGUAACAAAUGAAAAUGGUGCAACCACAGUUACUAAGAAUACUGAAUCAGGUGGAAUUAAAACCAUAACAACUACAGUUACUAAAUCAAUUUCUUCUAACUCCGGUGAAGCACUUGUUGACCAACAUAUUGACAAGCCAGUAGAAAGUAUCAAAGUCACUAGUUCUGGACAACCUGUCACUAAAGAUGAAACUAUUGGUGUAACCAAUGAAAAUGGUGGAACUACAGUUACUAAGACUACUGAAUCAGGUGGAAUUCAAACAAUUACAACUACAUACACAAAAACUAGCUCAAGUAAUCAUUCCGAUGAAAAUUCUUCAGAUUUGGGAAGUUUUGGAGGUGUAACCAAGGUUGUCAAAACUGAGACUUUUGAUGUGCCAGCAGUAAGUAACAGCAGUGGAUCGAGGGUUAUCACAACAACAGUUACUAAAACGACUUCAUCUGACUCUUUCGGUGAAGGUAAAGAUCUUGUUGAAAAAAAUAUUGGUGAACUUAAGCAGUCAGCUCUAAAUGGUCACGAAAAUAAUGAACUUGGUAAUAGUCGUAGUUCCACAAAAACUGUAAUCACGAAGACUAGCUCUUCUAGCUCUAAUGGCCAGUCAUUACCUACAGAAAAAGAUUUUAGUUUGGGCAGCAAACUUCUUCACGGAAAAGAUGGUGAUGUAUUAAGUACAGUAGAGGGCUCAAAAGUUAUUAAAACAACCAUAACUAAAACAAGCAACUCUGGUUCAGGUCAUGUUGGCGAUCUUGAACAAUCUGUCCUAAGUGGUCAUGAAAAUAACGUUCUUGAUUAUGGUGGCAGCUCCACAAAAACUAUAAUUACAAAGACCAGUUCUUCUAGCUCCAAUGGCCAAUCAUUGCUCACAGAUAAAGAUUUUGGUUUGGGAAGCAAAUUACUUGAAGGAAGAAAAGAUGCUGAUAUAUUAGGUUCAGGCGGAGCAUCCAAAGUUAUUACAACAACCAUAACUAAAACGAGCAACUUUGGUUCGGAUCACACUGGUGAUCUUAAACAAUCUGUCCUAAAUGGUCAUGAAGACAAUGCAGUUGGUUAUGGUGACAGCUCCACAAAAACUGUAAUCACCAAGACUAGUUCUUCUAGUUCCGAUAUUCCGAGCAAAUUAAUUCAUGGAACAGAUCGUGUUGAUAUAAUGGGAUUAGGUGGAGCUUCAGAGGUUACCAAAACAACAAUAACUAAGACCAGUAGUUCAAGUUCAGGUGAAGAAACCAACAAGAAUAUAGUUGACAAUGAGAGUGGCAAAGAUGGUUCAAAAGUAAUUCACAAAACUAUUACCACACACCUAGGUGAACAAAAUAACGGUGAGAGUCAGCAAUCACUCUUAAGUGGUCAUGCAAAUGAAGAGCUUGGUUAUGGCAGCAGUUCCACAAAAACUACAAUUAUUAAAACCAGUUCUUCCAGUUCCGAUGUUCCAAGCACUUUGAUUCAUGGAACAGAUAAUCAACAUCUAUUUGAAUCAGGUAGCGGUUCAAGAGUUAUACAAACAACUGUAACUAAAACAAGCAGCUCUGGUUCAGACCAUGUUGGAGAUCGUGGACAAUAUAUCUUAAAUGGUCAUGAAAAUAAUGGCAUUGGUUAUGGUAGCGGCUCUAAGGUAAUUGAAACAACUGUAACAAAACACCUUGGAGGUAACAAUGGAGAACAUCUUGGUAACCUUGAACAAGUAGUCCUAACUGGUCAUGAAAAUAAUGGAAAUGGAUACGGAAGCAGUUCUACAAAGACUCAAACCGUAACUCAAACAAGCAGCAGCUCAAGCCAGGGUGGUAACCUAGAACAGAUUAUCUUAAACGGUCAUGGAAAUAAUGGUGUUGGUUAUGGAAGCAGCUCCAAAGUAAUUGAAACAACUGUAACAAAACACCUUGGAGGAAACAAUGGAAAACAUCUUGGUAACAUUGAACAAGUCGUCCUAACUGGCCAUGAAAAUAAUGGGCAUGGAUACGGAAGCAGUUCUACAAAGACUCAAACAAUAACGCAAACAAGCAGCAGCUCAAGCCAGGGUGGUAACCUAGAACAAUCUAUCUUAAAUGGUCAUGGAAAUAAUGGUAUUGGUUACGGAAGCGGCUCCAAAGUAAUUGAAACCACUGUAACAAAACACCUUGGAGGUAACAAUGGAAAACAUCUUGGUAACCUUGAACAAUCAGUCCUGACUAGUGAUGAAAAUAAUGGACAUGGUUAUGGAAGCAGUUCUACAAAGACUCAAACAAUAACUCAAACAAGCAGCAGCUCAAUCCAGGGUGGUAACCUAGAACAAUCUAUCUUAAAUGGGCAUGGAAAUAAUGGUAUUGGUUACGGAAGCGGCUCCAAAGUAAUUGAAACAACUGUAACAAAACACCUUGGAGGUAACAAGGGAAAACAUCUUGGUAACCUCGAACAAGUAGUCUUAGGUGGUCAUGAAAACAAUGGACAUGGUUAUGGAAGCAGUUCUACAAAAACUCAAACAAUAACUCAAACAAGCAGCAGCUCAAACCAGGGUGGUAACCUAGAACAAAUUAUCUUAAACGGUCAUGGAAAUAAUGGAAGCGGCUCCAAAGUAGUUGAAACAACUGUAACAAGACACCUUGAAGGUAACAAUGGAAAACAUCUUGGUAACCUUGAACAAGUAGUCUUAACUGGUCAUGAAAAUAAUGGACAUGGUUAUGGAAGCAGUUCUACAAACACUCAAACAAUAACUCAAACAAGCAGCAGCUCAAGCCAGGGUGGUAACCUAGAACAAAUUAUCUUAAACGGUCAUGGAAAUAAUGGUGUUGGUUACGGAAGCGGCUCCAAAGUAGUUGAAACAACGGUAACAAAACACCUUAGAGGUAACAAUGGAAAACAUCUUGGUAACGUCGAACAAGUAGUCUUAACUGGUCAUGAAAACAAUGGACAUGGUUUUGGAAGCAGUUCUACAAAAACUCAUACAAUAACUCAAACAAGCAGCAGCUCAAGCCAGGGUGGUAAGCUAGAACAAAUUAUCUUAAAUGGUCAUGGAAAUAAUGGUAUUGGUUACGGAAGCGGCUCCAAAGUAAUUGAAACAACUGUAACAAAACACCUUGGAGGUAACAAUGGAAAACAUCUUGGUAAACUCGAUCAAGUAGUCCUAACUGGUCAUGAAAACAAUGGACAUGGUUAUGGAAGCAGUUCUACAAAGACUCAAACAAUAACUCAAACAAGCAGCAGCUCAAGCCAGGGUGGUAAUCUAGAACAAACUAUCUUAAACGGUCAUGGAAAUAAUGGUAUUGGUUACGGAAGCGGUUCCAAAGUAAUUGAAACAACGGUAACAAAACACCUUGGAGGUAACAAUGGAAAACAUCUUGGUAAACUCGAUCAAGUAGUCCUAACUGGUCAUGAAAACAAUGGACAUGGUUAUGGAAGCAGUUCUACAAAGACUCAAACAAUAACUCAAACAAGCAGCAGCUCAAGCCAGGGUGGUAACCUAGAACAAUCUAUCUUAAAUGGUCAUGGAAAUAAUGGUAUUGGUUACGGAAGCGGCUCCAAAGUAAUUGAAACAACUGUAACAAAACACCUUGGAGGUAACAAUGGAAAACAUCUUGGUAACCUUGAACAAUCAGUCCUGACUAGUCAUGAAAAUAAUGGACAUGGUUAUGGAAGCAGUUCUACAAAGACUCAAACAAUAACUCAAACAAGCAGCAGCUCAAUCCAGGGUGGUAACCUAGAACAAUCUAUCUUAAAUGGGCAUGGAGAUAAUGGUAUUGGUUACGGAAGCGGCUCCAAAGUAAUUGAAACAACUGUAACAAAACACCUUGGAGGUAACAAGGGAAAACAUCUUGGUAACCUCGAACAAGUAGUCUUAGGUGGUCAUGAAAACAAUGGACAUGGUUAUGGAAGCAGUUCUACAAAAACUCAAACAAUAACUCAAACAAGCAGCAGCUCAAACCAGGGUGGUAACCUAGAACAAAUUAUCUUAAACGGUCAUGGAAAUAAUGGAAGCGGCUCCAAAGUAGUUGAAACAACUGUAACAAAACACCUUGGAGGUAACAAGGGAAAACAUCUUGGUAACCUCGAACAAGUAGUCUUAACUGGUCAUGAAAAUAAUGGACAUGGUUAUGGAAGCAGUUCUACAAAAACUCAAACAAUAACUCAAACAAGCAGCAGCUCAAGCCAGGGUGGUAACCUAGAACAAAUUAUCUUAAAUGGUCAUGGGAAUAAUGGUGUUGGUUACGGAAGCGGCUCAAAAGUAGUCGAAACAACGGUAACAAAACACCUUGGAGGUAACAAUGGAAAACAUCUUGGUAACCUCGAACAAGUUGUCUUAACUGGUCAUGAAAACAAUGGACAUGGUUAUGGUACAAAGACUCAAACAAUAACUCAAACAAGCAGCAGCUCAAGCCAGGGUGGUAACCUAGAACAAUCUAUCUUAAAUGGUCAUGGAAAUAAUGGUAUUGGUUACGGAAGCGGUUCCAAAGUAAUUGAAACAACGGUAACAAAGCACCUUGGAGGUAACAAUGGAAAACAUCUUGGUAACCUUGAACAAGUAGUCCUAACUGGUCAUGAAAAUAAUGGACAUGGUUAUGGAAGCAGUUCUACAAACGCUCAAACAAUAACUCAAACGAGCAGCACCAGUUCAAGCCAGAUAGGUGAGCUGGAACAAUCUAUCUUAAAGAUUCACGGAAAUAAUGGUAUUGGUUAUGGAAGUGGCUCCAAGGUAAUUGAAACUACUGUAACAAAACACCUUGGAGCUAACAAUGGAAAACAUCUUGGUAACCUUGAACAAGUAGUCCAAACUGGUCAUGAAACAUUAACUCAAACAAGCAGCAGCUCAAACCAGGGUGGUAACCUAGAACAAAUUAUCUUAAAUGGUCAUGGGAAUAAUGGUGUUGGUUACGGAAGCGGCUCCAAAGUAGUUGAAACAACGGUAACAAAACACCUUGGAGAUAACAAUGGAAAACAUCUUGGUAACCUCGAACAAGUAGUCUUAACUGGUCAUGAAAACAAUGGACAUGGUUAUGGAAGCAGUUCUACAAAGACUCAUACAAUAACUCAAACAAGCAGCAGCUCAACCCAGGGUGGUAACCUAGAACAAUCUAUCUUAAAUGGUCAUGGAAAUAAUGGUAUUGGUUACGGAAGCGGCUCCAAAGUAAUUGAAACAACGGUAACAAAGCACCUUGGAGGUAACAAUGGAAAACAUCUUGGUAACCUUGAACAAGUAGUCCUAACUGGUCAUGAAAAUAAUGGACAUGGUUAUGGAAGCAGUUCUACAAACGCUCAAACAAUAACUCAAACGAGCAGCACCAGUUCAAGCCAGAUAGGUGAGCUGGAACAAUCUAUCUUAAAGAUUCACGGAAAUAAUGGUAUUGGUUAUGGAAGUGGCUCCAAGGUAAUUGAAACUACUGUAACAAAACACCUUGGAGGUAACAAUGGAAAACAUCUUGGUAACCUUGAACAAGUAGUCCAAACUGGUCAUGAAACAUUAACUCAAACAAGCAGCAGCUCAAACCAGGGUGGUAACAUAGAUCAAUCUGUCUUCAAUGGUCAUGGGAAUAAUGGCAUUGGUUAUGGAAGCCAUUCUAAAGUUGUGAAAGUCCUUUCCAGUCAUAGUUCUAGUCAACAAGAGGGACAAAGUAUUCAUGAAGGUGGACACUCCUUUGUAAAAAGUCAUGGAAAUAAUGGCAUUGGACAUGGUCGUGGACGAGGGGGAGGACGUGGUCAUUGAGGAGAAGGUAUUGGAGAGAGACCCUCUAACCAAUUUUAAUUUUAUAACAAAAGUAUUUCUUAGAAUAAAUAGUAUUAAACAAUAAAAUUUAAA